AGUAACUAAUAUUAUUUAAACAAAACGUAUCUCUAAAUAAUAAUAGAAAUUGUUGUAAUAUUGGUAGAUGGCGUUAUAUUAUAUUUUCUGCUACGUUGCCAAUUCUUGAUGCUAUAAAACGAUAAUUCUUACAAGUAUCUGGCAUUUGUUUGUCGAAAGAUAAAGAUUUAAUUGGUUUUCAAUCUUCAUUUAUAAACUUUAUCACUAUGGCUGAUCGUUUAACACAAUUGCAAGAUACUAUAAAUCAGCAAGCAGAACAUUUUUGCAAUAGUGUUGGUAUAUUGCAACAGUAUUCUACACCAAGUAAAUUUCCUGGUUUUGAUCGAAUCGGUACUCCACAACCACAUCAACCACAAGAAGAUUAUGCAGCAUUAUUUGCAACUUUAAUUGCAAGAUGUGCAAAGGAUAUUGAUACAUUAAUAGAAAGUCUUCCAAGCGAAGAAUCGUCACAGGAACUUCAAGUAGCUAGUUUAAGUCGUUUAGAACAAGAAAAUCAGGAAGCUGGUAAGCAACUUGAAGAGGUAGUAAGACAAGGAGAAUCUUUACUUCAACGAAUUCAAGCAGCUUUGCAAGACAUUGCUCAGAGCCAAUUAGAUAUGCAGAACCCUGCAUCAACUGCUGUACUUAAUAUUAAUUUAAAUCCUGCCAUGACCUUCAAACAAGAAAAUUUGAGUUCCACAAACUCCAUGCCUUCCAAUAAUGUGCAUCAACUCUCCAAUUCAUCACCAAGUUCAAUAAAUCAGUAAUAUAAUUACUUAUUUUAUGUAUAUUUUUAACCAGCACUUUUAAUUAAUUUAUAAUAAAUUAGAUUUAAUUUGUAAUAUUGUAAUUAUAUAAAUAUAAUCUGUAUAUUUCGUUUA